AUGGACUGCAAGCCCGGGUCGUCUGCUGCUGCUGGUGCAGCUGCUGCUGCUGUCCCGGGGAAAACAAGAUUUGGAAAGGCGAAGAAGAAGACGGGCGGGGUGAACUACCACGAGCAGAGAAGGCACAUCAUCGAGCGGUUCAUGAGCCAGUGGAGAAAGGAGGUGGGUGAUGACUUCUACCCUGCCAUGAGGCUGAUCCUGCCUGACAAGGAUCGGGACAGGGGGGUCUACGGGUUGAAGGAGAGCGGGAUUGGGAAGAUGCUGGUGAGGGUGAUGAAGAUUGGGAGGGAUAGCGAGGAUGGGUAUUCUUUGCUUCAUUGGAAGCUUCCGGGGGGUGGUGGGGGGAAUCAGAGGUUUGGGGGAAAGGGGCAGCCAGGAACGGCGGGGGAUUUUGCGGGACGGGUGCUGGAGGUUGUUGGGAAGAGGGCUAUGAGGGGGACGCCGGGGGGGUGGACGAUUGGGGAGGUUAAUGUUUUGUUGGAUCGGUUGGCUGGGGCUAGUGGGGAGGAGGAGCAGCUGCCGAUUUUUGAGGAGAUUUACAGGAAUUGCUGUGCGGAGGAGGUGAUGUGGCUGGUGAGGAUUAUACUGAAGGAUAUGAGGGUGGGCGCGACGGAGAGGACGUUUUUGGGGCUGUGGCAUCCGGAUGCGGAGGCGUUGUUUAGCGUUUCGAGUAGUUUGAGGAGGGUUUGCUGGGAGUUGUGGGAUCCGGAGACGAGGUUGGAGCAGAAGGAAACCGGGGUGAGCUUGAUGCAGUGUUUUCAGCCACAACUGGCGCAGUUUCAGAUGACGACGGGGUUUGGGAAGCUGGUGCAGAAUCUGGGGGUUACCGAGGAGGAGAAGGAGUUUUGGAUUGAGGAGAAGCUGGAUGGGGAGAGGAUGCAGAUGCAUAUGAAGGAGGAUGAGACGGUGCCCGGGGGGUUUAGGUUUGCGUUUUGGUCCAGGAAGGCGAAGGAUUACACGUAUUUGUAUGGGGAGGGGUUGGAGGAUGAUAACUCGGCGUUGACGAGGCAUUUGAAGAAUGCGUUUCAUGACGGGGUGAGGGAGUUGAUUUUGGAUGGAGAGAUGAUUACGUGGGAUCCGGAAAUCGACAAGAUUGUGCCGUUUGGCACGCUCAAGACGGCGGCGCUGGAUCAGCAGAAGAAUCCGUUUCAGAACGGGCCUCGACCUCUGUAUCGGGUCUUUGAUAUUCUUCUUCUGAACAAGAAGCCUCUGGCGGACUACACCCUCCGGGACCGCCACGCUGCCCUAGAGGCAGCUGUCAGGGGCGAGCAUCGCCGUCUCGAGAUUCACCCCUACGAAUCAGCCACAACACCAGACGCCAUCGAGCCCUUCCUCCGCAGAGUCGUCGCCGAAGCCUCGGAAGGUCUCAUCCUCAAGAACCCGCGCUCUCGCUACCAGCUCAACAGCCGCAACAACGACUGGAUCAAGGUCAAACCCGAGUACAUGUCCGAGUAUGGCGAGUCCCUCGACUGCGUCAUAAUCGGCGGCUACUUCGGCUCCGGCCGUCGCGGAGGCAUCCUCUCCAGCUUCCUCUGCGGCGUUCGCGUCAGCGAGAACCACGUCAGGUCCGGCGCUGCCCUCACCAGAGAGAAGUGUUUGAGCUUUUGCAAAGUAGGCGGCGGCCUCAAAGCAGAAGACUACGCCGAGAUCAGACACCACACCGAGGGCAAAUGGCAAGACUGGCAAGCGAGCAACCCGCCCACGGACUACAUCGAGCUCGCGGGAGGGAAAAUGCAAUACGAAAAACCAGAUGUAUGGAUCCGACCUAGUGAGUCGGUUGUCAUGUCCAUCAAGGCAGCCUCCAUCGGCCCCUCCGACCAGUUCGCCAUGGGCUGGACUCUACGCUUCCCUCGGUUCCGUAAGCUGAGACUGGACAAAUCGUGGGACGAGGGCAUGGACGCGAGCGAUUUUGUUCUUCUCAAAGACAAAGUCAAGGAAGAAGAGAAGGAGCGAAAGGCGAUGGAGAUGGAGAGCAGAAAGCGCAAGCCAGCAAAGAGGUUGAAGAAGGAGUUGGUCAUCGCGGGGACGGAUCCGAAUGCUGCGCCGGUUGAGUUCGCCGAGGGGGGGGAUAAUAUCAAGGCCGAACCGAUGAGCCAGGUUGCGUUUCCCCCCCCUCAGGCUAGAAGGAAGUCUGACAACCAACUGUUCCAGGGACUGGACUUUUGUGUAUUGUCCGAGGCAGUCAAACCCCGCAAGAUGUCCAAGCCUGAUCUGGAAAAGUUGAUCAAGGAGCAUGGAGGGAGGAUUCAUCAACAAGUCGACAAGGGCGGGAACAUGAUCCUCCUCGCGGAGAAGAACGUCGUCCGAGUGGCGUCGCUGAAACGGGCCGGUGACGCGGAUAUUGUCAAGCCCAAAUGGGUCUUUGACUGCCUUGCGCAGAAUAAUGGAGAGGGCUAUCUCCUCCCGUUUGAGGAGGGGCACUUGUUUCAUGCCACGGAGGAGAUGGUGAAGUUGGCGGCGGAGAAUACGGAUCAGUAUGGGGAUUCGUAUGUCAGGGAUGUUACCCCUGAUGAGCUGAGGGAUAUCAUUGACGACAUGCGCACCAAAGGGGGUGUUAAAGAGGAGGAGGAUGCGUUUCAUGAUGACAGGACGGGGGAGUUUGAUGCUGAGCACUUUUUGGAUCAGCUGGAGGAGCGAGGGAGGGGUUUGGAGGGGUUGAAGAGUUUCUUGUUUAGACGGUGUAGGGUUUACUUCCCUGUUGCGGCGAAGGAGGAGGAGGAGGAGGAGAAGAGUGGGCCCUCAAGUACGGAGUUGAAGGCGGUGAAGCUGCAGAAUGAGGUCAAGUUUGGGAACGGGACUGUGGUGGGGGGUCUGGAUGAUAAGGAGAUCACGCAUGUGGUGGUGGUCGGGGAUGGGGAGAAAGAGAGGAAGGAGUUGGCGGCGAGCGUGAGGUAUGAGGUUAGUUCGAGGAGGCAUGUGCCGAGGAUUGUGACGGGGAGGUGGGUAGAGGAUUGUGUCAAGGAGGGGACGUUGGUUGAUGAAGAGGGAUAUGCCCCUUGA